UCAAUGUGACGGUGGAUCGAAGACUGUGGGUUCGUUCAGCAGGACCUUAUGGAAAAAGUGUUUAGUGGCAAAAGUGGCGGUAGUUAGCGAAACACACAAUUUUCCUCCAUCGCCAUGGUAACAACCAGCGCCCGCUGACGGCGCGGUUGGGGAAGAAGAGGAAGUGGUGGAUGAAAUGGAAGGGUGGCAAAUUUUCAAGCGUCCCCCUCAUAUAUUGCGUAGUACGGUGCCAGAUUUUCCGCGGUCCGAAAGCAGUUUGUUAGAAUGCGUUGUUUACGCGAAAUCUCUCACACCAAUAACUCACACCGUGACGGCCCCAUCAGGCGAGGAGUGGGACCGUGGGAAAGGGUUGUGUUGGCCGAGCGGGUUGCCUGUCAAAAGGGAAGAAAAUCGAAGAACCGCUACAAGAGAGCGCGCUGUGUGCGUAAACCCUUAAAGCGAAACGAUUACAUCACACAGAGCACAAGCGGCGACGCGCUGGUAGGAAAGGGAUGGAAAAUGUAUCUGUUAGAGGGUAGUGGGGGAGGGGGGCAGCGGGAUGAAAAAACAACAAAAGUUGGGAGUCCUUUGGGGGAGUGACUGCCAAUUUAAAUCGCUCUGCUCGAGCGAAAUGUCGAUUUACGACUUUGAUUUUCCGAUUAAAUGAAGGAAAACAUCGCCACGGUUUUCCCUUUCCACGUACAACGAAAAGGAAACCGUCUUCUCCACGUUGGAAUGUGUGUUUGUGCGUGUGUGGGGCGUAAAAGAAUGAAUACCGCACACACAUGCGUGUUAGAACGCCGGCAAGUGGAAAAUGAGACCGUUUCCAACCGUUUUGGAUCGAGCGAGGAAGAGUUUUUAGAGUGUUUGAGCAAAAAUGCUCACACAAAGAGAGUUCGGGAGGGAGAGAGAGAGAGCGAGCCGGAGAUAGAGAGAGAGAGAUCACAGGUACCGUGCCAGCCAGGACGAGGAUGAUGGGCACACAGACCUGUGGUGUGCAAUUUGCAGUCUUCCACCUGAUUUUCUGGAGGCUUGUUGUGUCGUGUCGUGUGCGUCUCUGUGUGUCGCUAGCCCUGGAAAGGCGAUUCCUCACAGGCUCCUCCAGGGGAAAUGGCCAGAAAGCUCCCACUCAGCCGAGCAAUGCCACGAGCACAUUGAAUUUAGUGGUAGAAGAAGAACAGCGUAAUACAAAAACGGUCCUUUGGCAGUGAGUCGUGGAUGUGAAACAAAAACGGCAAUAGACAGACAUGUCACGCAGCCAUGAGCGUUCGAUCCUGAGCCUAAGGACACUUCCAAUAGGGUCGCCGCCGCCUGCUGUCUAUCGUUCGAUGGUAGUGUGAACACAGGACCUGUGUGUGUGUGUGUGUUCGUGCGUGUUUGUGCGUGUGUGUGUGUGGCCAAUCGGUGCCCAAUUCCACCACGAUGAACUGUCCUCCGGUGAGGCGCGUUUGCGGCACGGCCGACCGACGGCAAGACUUUGCGGGCCGACAGUGAGUCUGGUCCCGGGGGUGUGAUGUGAUUUAGCUGUCCGGUCGAUCCGGUGACGCGGGUUACGCUCGUUUGCCAUCUCCACAAGCAGUCCGUUGGACACAGGACCGAAAGGGAGCAAGAUGUUGCGGAAAAACCGUAGCCUGGCCGAUCUCAAGGGAUCGCCCCGCAAGGGCUUAGCGAAAACUUUCCAUGCCAAGGGCGGAAUUGUUGCAGCCGAAUGUGCUCGCCUGGACAUUGAAGGAUCCGCCAACAGUGUGGGACUAGGAACGCGACCCCUGCCACUGUCCAGCACGAUAGAACCGCUCAGCAGUGUGGAUACCCCCGGUGGGCAGCCGGAGGGUGCGGCCCACCUAAAUGUACUCUCACGCAGCCCUAGUCAUUCGACGACGAAGAGCGAUCCCAAAUCGCUCAAAUCGCUGUCACCGUCGGCCCGGUCGUCCACCGUACGCAGCUCUAGUCCACAUCCGCUGAAAUCGUUCAGCAGCACGCGGGACGCGGGCGUCGACAAGCCGGACAAGCCGGAGAAGCACCACAAGAAGAAGGAGGGCGGCCUGUCCUGGGAGCAGAAAAAGUUUGCCCAACACUUUGCGCAAGUGCCGGACGAUGAGGUGGUGCUGGAUUAUUUUUCCUGCGCCCUCGUUGGCGACAUCCUGCUGCAGGGCUACCUGUACAUCACGCAGAACUAUUUCGCCUUCUACUCGAACGUGUUUGGCUACGUGACGAAGCUCCUGAUACCGACCGUUUCCGUGCUGGACAUAUCGCGCGAAAAGACGGCCUACAUGUUCCCGAACGCGGUCGGCGUGAAGACGCGCGACGAUCGGCACGUGUUCGGCAGCUUCCUGAGCCGCGAAGCCGCCUACUAUCUGAUGUGCAGCGUGUGGGAGCGGGCGACCACGCCGCACAGCGACUCGCUCGGCAGCAUUCAGCACACCCGGCUCGCCCCGCUGCUGCACGCCGAAGGCUCGGAAGGCUCGCUGGACGAGGACAGCAGCUGCUACGACGGCAACGAGAGCUCGUUCCACGGGAAGGACGAUCUGCCCGACCUGCUCGAUUCGGGCGACUCGCACGAGAAGCAGCUGAAUGCGACCGAGGGCGGCGGCACGAAUCAAUCGUCCGAUGAUUCCACCGUGCUGCUGAAGCAGAAGAAACUUAAAAAGGAACUGCUGCUCAAAUCGCCCGCCAUCGUGAAAAGCCCAGCCAUUCUCAAGGUGGCGGUUGCGGCCGGCGCCCUCGAGGGGCUGAAGGCAGGCGACAAGGCGCUGCCGUUGCUGCUCGCUGGCGACGGGACGAUGGGCAGUUCGAUCGGUGCCAGCGGUGCCGGCGGUGUCGGUGGUGCAGGUCGUGGUGUUUACGGUGACGGCGCCGGCCGCAGCAGACUGUCCCUGCUGAAGCAGAAGCUCCGGCACAUCCUUCCCUCCGAUUUUGGUAUUAUACACAUAGGAUUAAUAUUAGCUGUCCUGCUGGCACUGUUCUCCUGCUUCCUGGCCUACAAGAUCUACGCGCUGCAGGCUCGUCUCGCCGCACCGCCUAUCCGAUUGGGUGACGAUACAGACUUCUAUCUCGAUGUGCUCCGGUGGCAGAAGCGGCUGCACAGCAAAAGCAAAGAGGAGGCCCAGAUCGUGCUGAGCUCGAACCUGGAGCAGAUCAUCAAGGUGCGCAAGAGCCUGGAGACGCUGUCGCUGCUGAUCCAGGACUCGGGCACCGAUGGGAGUGGUAGCGGUGGGCGCGAGGACACGCCCGAUGCAGCGCUGCUGAGCGCGAUGAUUGCGGGCGAAUCGGGGCGCGUGGUGCUCGAUCGGGACGGUGGCAGCUUAAAUCAACAGUACUUCCACGAGGACGCCACAUAGCGUGCGUGAGAUGGGUUUGUCCGGGAUGGCGGGAUUGCUGACACAGCUUACGCAUAGGAAAAAGGGCCCAACCCCUUACCCGGGCUAAGACUAGGUAGGAAGGGAUCGAUGAAGGAAGACAGAGAGAGAGAGAGAGAGAAACAGACAAAACUACAUUACGAGGAAAGUGAAAGGGAGAGCGAUACAGGAGUUACGUUGCCGGCAACGAGUACCGCGAACAGUCGCAAAGUGUAUUUGCGGGACGUUACUGGAGCGGAAAUGCGCCACCGUGUUUGUGGAGGGGAGGCGCAUGUGUGAUUUUGUACCUUUAGCAGAGAGAACGCGCACGGUGUGUUUUCGGUUUUUGAUCUUUAAUUUAUUAUUAAAAGCUUUUGUGCGCCGUUUAGUUUGAUAACUAACUUUAAAUGGAAGUACAGGGGGGAGGGAUACGCACUCGCAGGAAGAAAGAUAAGAUGGUGUGACCGUGUCGACACUAAGAAGAGAUGCAUUUAAGCCUGCAGCCGCGCUGUAGGUGUUGGUGCGGGCAUAUGACGACGGCGCACGGCGAUGUAAACGACGGCUUGAGUGAUGAGUGAUUUAGGAAUUUUGUUUUUUUUUUUUUAAUUGAAAACCUUAGAAAAGGAACAGCCAACGUGUAUUGUGAGGUGUAUCUGUGUGUGUGAGAGAGAGAGGAUUGGUUACACGCUUUGCAGUAAGUACAGGUAGUGUACAGUGAGCAGUAGUAGCUCUUUUUUUACGCGAUACAUGCGGGAGUUGCGGGACAACAGUCGAAACACAGCGAUGACAGUAAUGGCCAAAACUCAACUGACACACCACCACUACUACUACUACACCAAUAACCAACCCAUUUCUUCCUUCAUUCAUCCACACCGGGUUCCAGCCGAAAGUAGUAUUUGCGUGCUCGCAAGAGGCCCUAGUAGUAGUAGUGUCCCAGAGUUUAGUCUACGGACCAGAAGAGAACAGGAUAGAAUGAUAUGAAACCAAUAGGAAGCCGAUAGGAAACCGAUCCCGAAGCCGCUAUGCUCGGGUUCAGUUCGAUUUUUUUUUCUUAUUUGCUUUUGCUACUCACAGUUGAAAUGAAGAAAAGAGAUGAAACACUCCCGCCGCCUAAUGAACUACCAGUGGAACCAGUUUUUUGGGACCGUUUUGAGGGUUGUUGUUUUUUUCUCAUUUAUCAUGCGCUCCCACCCAAUGCAGCGUGGUUUCGCUCGGAGUUUUUUUUGUUGUUUUUUGGAACUAUUUAUAUCUCGAUAGCAAUUUGCGCUGACAAACAAUACAACACAACACAACAAACAAUGCGUCGAUUAGAUUUGAUACACGAUAGACAAAAGCCCCUCCUCCCCAGCAGAUGUAAGUGUAGUGAAAGUAGCAGAGACACGGUUUAAAAACGGGUGAUGAGAGAAGGAAACCGUUUUGCUCAAAGCGUACAGAGGAUGAAGACCCAGCCGCACAGUAGUGGAGUGCAGUUUGUUAGUGAUGGUUUUAUAGGCAAAUUAUGCCCACCCCCCCCCCCCUCCUCCCUUCCCUUCACUAUUAAGUUAGUAAGCAGUAGGUGCCGUUUCGUUUCGAAUACAGCAGAGGAGCACAGAUCGUCGACCAUCAAUUGGUGCCAUAGAGCUUAACCGGGUUUCGGUUGUUCAAAUUGAUGAACGCGAGAAGGAAACGUUAGGCGAAGCGAAUGUACGAAAAAGUAAGGCAAGGUGACGCCGUGGAUGAUUUUUAAUUACUAGCACACACACACACGCAGGUACACAAUUUCCACCGUGUGUCCUAUUUGUGCAACACUCUCUAACUCAUUCUUUGGGCCGCCCCAAUCGUGGUGUGUGAGUUUACAUCUGCAGUGUGAGUGUAGCUACGUGUUGGCAAUCGAAUUGCACCGCCAAAGGUGGCGUUGGCCUUUACCAAAAACCCUCUUUUGCUGCCGAACAGUAGAAGCCGAGCUUCAUAUCAAUUAUCACACGAGCGGGCCCAAGGAGAGGCUGAAGGAAUGUUAGCGCGACGAUCCUCCCCCUUCACUUUGCACCACACCACGCCAUACCGUACCGGGCAUGUAAAUGGGCGCACAAUAGCAUAUAUCUCUUUCGCGGUUUGGUUUGGCGCGGGGAUGCAACAGGAGAGAAGAUCGCGUUCGUCCGAAUGAUGAAGGCCAAUGCAAUGGAAUGAGAGAGAAACGAGAGCAGGGACAGAAGAGCAAGCGGAAACUUAAUGCGUUGUUGAGAGGGCAAAGAAGGAUGAUCAAUUAGGAAGCCCGAAGAGCGAAAAAAGGUUUUGGGAAAGGAUGAGGAACCGUACUAGAAGCAAAUUGUCUGUGAUAUGUAUGCAAAAAUACAUGAAGGAAAAAGGGAAAAAUGGGAUCGCGACGAUCAGGCGAAGAUUGCGCCCCUGCCGGAUGGUACCAACACCGGGUGAUAAUGCGAGAGAAGAAGAAGAAAAAGAAAAAAAGACGAAUGCAGGGCUAGAAAAGAACCAAUAAGCAAUGUACUGAAGCAGAAGAGAGAGUAAGAAAAGGGUGCACGUAAAUCACAGAAGAAAAAAACAAACGAUCGCUAGAAGAAGGUGGCAAGAUCCUGAAGACGAUUCCCCGUCUGUUGGGUUACACCUUUGCUGUGCACCGUGUAGAGUAGCUGCAACGUUUCCUUAUUUGCAUAAUAUUUCCUUCCCUCCCCUUCCGCCCCAAUGCUUAAUUCUUUGUUGGUGAAGUUUUCGUUGGUCGGUUUCGGUUGGUGGAAGAUAUAUCGUGAUGGUGAAGAAUAGGGGAGUUCACCGUAGAAGGAUGAUCCUUCGGUAUGACUUAUUUCGUUUAUUUCGUAUUUUUGUUAUGGGUACGUUAUGAUGGUAGGAUUUAAAGACAUACGAAAAAGCUAAUAAACCCGUAUCUUGAACUAUGAAAAAAAAAAA